AUGAUUCCUAACGAAUUUGAAAAAACUAGGUACUACGAACAAUGCAUAGAUGAACAAGAAUACAUUGAACAUCUUAGAAAGGAAGUUCAUGAGAACGCGGAAAAAGAGGGAGUCACUUCACCCAUUAAGGAUGAUGAAAAUUCCGGAGUUUAUGUAGCUCUCAAGAGUUUAAAUGAUUCUUCAAAUAUUCAUCAAGAUUUUUUGGAUGAAGUAAAUCCUAAAACGUUGAAUUAUAUGAUCGCAUUAAAAGAAAUGAAAGUUGGUAGUUUAAGGUCUAACCUAUUGAUAAAAAAAUAUAAUCCGAACGAUAAAUAUGGGAACCUACUUCACAUCACAACGUCACUUUCCGCUUUGCAUGGAUGUAAUUUAUUUCAUGGGGAUUUUCAUAGUGGCAACCUACUUUUACAAGAACAAAAUCGUGUUUUUGUAAGUGAUUUGGGAUUGAGCAGGUCACCUGAUCACUCUAAAAAUCCUGAUGCGAUUUAUGGAGUAAUUCCUUACAUGGCACCAGAAGUUUUGCUUGGCAAGCCAUAUAUCAAAGCUUCUGACAUCUAUUCCCUUGGUAUAAUUAUGUGGGAAUUCACAUCAGGCGUUCCCGCUUAUAAUGAUGUUUCUCAUGAUUUUCAUCUAUCCAUAGAGAUCUGUCAAGGGUUAAGACCAAAAAUAAUUGAAAAUACAAUUCCCGAGUAUGUAGAGAUUAUGAAAAGUUGUUGGGAUUUUGAUCCAAACAAACGGCCCAGUGCUGAUGAUUUGGUACAAAGAUUCAAAAUAUUGGUUAAAAGAUAUCCAUAUAGUAAUAAUCGGGUACCUGUGCCAGAAAAUGAUCUUAACAUUCAAAAUCAUCCAUCAUCUUGCUAUACAAGCAGAAAAAUUGAAUAUUCUGCCAGAAUAAAUGAAAUUAUAAGUCAAGAAUUAAGUUCUAAAAUUAUUAUUAAUCAAGGAGGAGAUGAUGAUGAAGUCGUCAUGAUAAACGACGAAUUAGGUUAG